AUUGCUGUUUCCACAGCUGUUUGUAUAUCUUUCCAAGCAACAUCUGGGUCAGCCUCGUUUUCAGAACUACCUAAGUGUGACCUCAGUUGUUCCUGGAACCUAUUUUUGGUUUUCUCGUUACUCAACUCAGUUCGAAUGGGUCUUUUUAAUGUGGCUUUUUUGCGUCCAGUGAGGCGCAAGCAGAUGCGUGCCCAUAUUAGGGCAUGGUCGGAGUCCAAGCAGCGACAAUCUUGUACCGACCCUCUCCAACGAUGACUGAUGGCAAUAUGGUCUAUUUGAGUCCAUCGUUGGUUUGGUGUAGGGGGUCGCCAUGUUAGACAAUGUCUCUCCUUAUGCUUAAAAUUUGUGUUUGCUAAAAAUAAACGAUUGUCUGAGCAUAGUUGCAGCAGACGAUCACCAUUAUCUGUUCGCUGUGCCGGUAUACUAAAAUACCCACCUAAAUACCUUUCUGUUUGGUUUAAACCACCUAUCUGGGCAUUAAACUCACCUGCUACGAGUACUAUGUCUGAACGUUUAGCUUUCUGCAGAAGUUCAGAUAGCUUUCUGUAAAAUUCAUCUUUCAUUUCAUCUGAGCUGCAGUCGGUGGGAGCGUAGGCAGAAACGACAAAAAGGCAACGAUGUGUGUCUCUAUCCUUCCGAGUUCUUACGGAGCCGUUUAGCCGAACAGCACAUAGACGACUGUUGACGGGGAUCCACUCUAACAGUGCUUGUUCCGCCCUCAUGCUUAGUGCUAUCCCUACACCUGCCAGUCCACGAGAACUGGCCAUCGGGUCACCAGAUACACGUAGGGUGUAUCUCGUUGGCUCUCCGUUUUGCCGAGGUGGGGUCAAGUGAAUGACCACACUGGAAUCCUGUAUGCGUGUUUCGGAGACAGCACACAUCAAUGGAAAGAGACUCUAGGGUUUUAGCCAAGGAAGCCUGCUGACCGAUUUGACAUAGAGUGCGUACGUUGAAGGCUCCAAUGUGUAGUGUGGAGCGAGGUUUCAGUAGACCUGGGACAGGGUUUUGAGCACUAGAAUCGUUGGCUAUGGUGACACUUGAGGAGGAAGCCGAACGAGGAAGUUUAGAGUUGCAAGGCGAUGUAGGAGGAAUAAUAGGAAUUAAAGAGGGAGGUUGAUUAUGAAUACAGUGGUCUUGAGUGCUGUUAGAGGUAUGAGGGCGGUUAUCACUUCCCGGUUGCCCACAUCGUGGAAGGGUUCUUCUGGAGGUACCUGAAAAGGAAAUCGGAUUAGAAGUGGUCUUAGUGACCUGAGAACGUGACCGCAGUGCCCAAGGGACAACUGCUUGAGGUCGGUCAUACACGACCUUUUUAUGAGUAAUUUUUGUGUUAGCUCCGUACUUGUUGAGACCUUACCGCCGGAGACGGAUAUCCGUGGGAUAAGGUGAGGUGUGCAUUUCUAGAGUAGACCAUUUCUAACUCUACCCCUCCUUGUGGGAAGGCAGCAUCGCUGUUAUGCUGGUUGUCUGAAGGAAACACCUUACUGCUGUCACACAUCUGUACAGUCAGCAGUACGACUUCGCCUUCGGACCUUGGGUUUGUUGCUUUUCGUCUUACUGCUCUUCAACCGACCUUUCUGACAUGGUAGGACCUUGAGGAACGAUUGUCCCAGCAAGUAUAGCUCAAUUGGUUCAUCACGACAGACAAGCCCGACUACCACGUCAAGGCAGCAACAACGGUCGGGUUGGGUACUGUACCCAAACAGCUGGUUCAUUUCUUAUUAAGGAUACCGACUCGCUUGAUCUUGUUCAGCGUUUGAAAACAAGGUUAGUGAAGGAUCUUUCCGAACUCCUUCACGACGGUCGCUUCAAACGUGGUGACUUGAUAUGGGCGUUCCGUAUGUUUAAUAACGAUUUUAGUGUUAAUAUAUCUUAGUUUUGUGCUCCCUUCAGUACUAAUAAUUUUUGAUGCCAUAGCACGAUGGUCCGAAAAUCUAGAUCUAAUAAACUCAGAGUAGGUUUCCGUUCUUCAGAUUUAGAUUUGUGUAGUAAGGACAGAAGGCAUAUGGCGUAUAGUUUUUCUUUUUCUGGUAUGUUUCUGUGAGUGUCUGUUCUUCUCUUGAAAGAGUCAAUUGAAGGUGCGGACAUCGCUGCUUCGGGUAACAGGUUCCAAGAAUUGAUGACUGUGUGAAAACGUGUAUGCCACGGGUAUUUUGUUCGUUCUUGGCUUUUUACUCGCCUACGAUACCCUCUUAGAUGUCCCGAUCUAGUGGGAAGAAGAGGAGAGUAUACAUUAGGUCCAAAAUCAUUUUUUUGAUAUUCUAUAUGUUAAGAUCAGAUCACCUCUUAAUCUGCAAUAUGACAGAGUAAAUAGACCCAGCUUUUCAAGCCUCUCUUUGUAUGGUAAACCCUGGAAUUGCACGAGUAGCUGCUCUCUUUACGUUUUCCGGAAUAUUCGAGUCACCUUUUAAAUGGGUUUGCGGCUCCAAUGCAGUUUUGAAGCUUAGUUCUCAUUAAGGGUUUUUAUACUGUAGUGAACAUAGUAGUGUCUAACUUGGUGAAUGUCCGUCUUAAAGUCCCGAGGGUUCUAAACUUUUUAGCUUUAAUAUCGCAGCAGUGGGCCGUGGUCUUAAGUUCAUAACUCACUGUCACCACAAGAUCCUUGUGAGACCGGACCUCGGGUAUAGGCACUUCUAUGAUGUACCUAUUUACCUUUGUAUCCCCAAAGUGCAUGUAGACACACUUGGCCACACCAGCCAUUUUUAGACCAGCUAAUCAGAAUAUCUAAGCCUGCCUGAAGUGCGCAUGCAUCUGCGUUUCUUGUUAUUUCCCGCCAGAUUUUUGAGUCGGCGUAUAGCAGCAUUGGGGACCCAACUAUAUUUGACAGUUCAUUUACAUAUCGUAUAAAAAUUAAAGGACAUAAGACAGCCUUGCGGUACUCAACUAAGUACUGGUUUCCGGAUGGAACACUUGAAAUUUAUUCUUACUGUCUACGACCUACCAAGAAAUCCAUAAGCCAUUUUAGGAGAGGUCCGACACUGCCUAGAUAUUUCGGCUUCAAGAACUGUCUAUUUGGUGGCACCUUAUCAAACGCUCUACUGAAGUCUAUGUAGACUACUUACACUGAUUUUCUAUUGUCUUGAGCCUCUAUCCAUUGCUCCCUUGCUUUGAGGUCUGUUGUACAAGAUAAAACUUUUCUGAAAUCAUGUUGCUCACUGUUUAACAAGUUGUUGGUUUCCAAGAUUAUCAUUAUGGCCUUGUUGACUAUUCUUCCCAAUAUUUUAAUUAUGACACUGGUGAGGCUGACAGGUUUGUAUUUUGAUGGAAGUCGUCUUGGUUCUGUUUUAUGUAUGAGCUUCACGGACUGUAAUUAUACAUGUAUUUCGUACCGACUUGUAGCAUUCCACUGUACUUGCUGUGCCAAGGCUGAUGGCGAUGUUCCAACAUUUCUUCUUUUGUCUUAGUAAACGUCGAAUAUCCCGGCCUGUCCAGGGAUGACUGUGCUUUUUUUGGGGACUGUUCAGGGUAUAAAUGGUUGUUACUUGAUUGUAUAGCUGCCGGAAAUGAGUCCAUACCUCUUGUACUAAUGCUCCUGAGUCCUUAACAUGCCUCCACCAAAAGUGAGUAAUUUUCGGAAGUUAUUUGUUUAAAAUAAUGUCUUCUACUUCAGGUACACCGAGGCUUCGAAAUUAUAAUAACUAGCUUUUGAAUGACUUGUAAGAGCUAUAAUUUGCUUAAAUUUAAACCUAAGUGUAGUAGUGCAUCAUUCAGACCAUAAUCAUAACCAUAAUAAUAAUUCAAAUCAAUUUAUGAUAUGAUUAGUGUUAGUCAUCAAACUGACUACACAGCGUCAGAUUUUUUUCGCUCUAAUGUAUGCAUAAUAAAUGAUUUCUGAAUUUCCUAGAUUCCGUUGAAUUUUAAAUCAUCUUUUGUACUCGUUGUGGUCUUUUUUUUAGUGAUUGAUAAUAAAUAUGGAUGAGAUUAUCCCAGGUCUAUGGCUUGGACCUAUGCCAUUUGCAGAAAAUAUUUCAGUCUUAAAAAGAAAUGGAAUAAUGUCAAUUUUAACAUUAGAUAUCCUGCCAUUAGACUGCAAUGUAUUCAAAGGAUUUAACAUGAAGUUCUUGUAUCUGCGUGACGAGCCAUCCCAGGAUUUGCUGGAAAUUCUUGAAGAUGCUUUAAGUUUUAUUGAUGAAAGUAUAAAAAAUAACUCAAAUAUUUUGGUUCACUGUUUUUUUAAAUUAAAAACGGGUGAACGGAGUAUAGUGCUAUGGGUGUAUCUCGCAGCGCCAGUGUUGUAAUCGCCUACCUUAUGCGUCGAAAUCAUUUAUCCUAUGAAGAGGCUUAUAAUAUUGUUUCGACGAAACGGAGUAUUUUGUAAUUACGGUUUUACUGAUUGAAUGUUUUAUGGUUGAUUUCUAUUAAUAUUUAGUCCAAAUAAUGGAUUUAUUAAUCAGUUAAAGUUGUUUCAUACUAUGAAGUGGACGGUCAACCGUGAUUCUCCAUUAUUUCAGCAAUAUAUGACGAAAAGAACCUUCUCAGUUUUUACGGAUUAUAAUGGUGAUCUUUUAGAAAGUCAAACAGUCUAUCAGUUGCACAACACACCUUCAAGUUUUAGAUGUAAAAAAUGCAGACAAGUGUUAUUCAAUUCGAAUCAGUUACGCAUUCAUCAAAAACCGGAGACAACACCUAAUCCUCUUAUAAAUUCUACAAAAUCCAAGAACACUGAUAACGUAUCUAGUGUAUUAAUCAAAGGUGUUUCAUUAAAUAACUCUCUUUUACAAUGUGAUAAAAAUGAAUUGUUCUGUGACCCAUUGGAAUGGACAUUGCACAGUACUAGUGAUGUUCAAGGAAAGCUUUAUUGUCCUGGAUGCAACGCUAAAGUUGGCUCUUUCAAUUGGUGUGGUAAGCUUGUUUUACUAAUAAAAUUUAUUAAUUUAAUUGGGAAAACUAUUAAAUUAAUUUAAUGUUUGUUUUUCACACACUUGAGGUAAGUGUUUACUGAAAGCGAUUGUGGCUAAGCACAGAGUACUAGUGGGAAAAACAUGUUAGUUGUAUGGUGGGCGAUUAUUGUGGCGCAUAUCUAUUUGGUGCCUCCUUGCACCAAUGUUUAUGUGUUUAAAUAAAUAAAUAUGUGAGUGAUGUGAUUAGCUUGUGCAAGCUGAAGUGUCUGGGAAUUUGUUUGUCAUUCUGAUUUUCAGUAUUUACCGAUGUAGUGGUAUGUUAAAAAUUAGCUGAAGAUAGUCAAACCAGAAAGUUAUUUACCAUCAAUACGAACGGCCUUAAUUACUAAUGUCUGAUGGCAUUACCUUUGUGAGAAUAAAUAUUGCACAAAAGUGGAUCUGUCGGAGGAACUUUAUUUGUUUAACAGCCUAGCAGUAUGAAAGAAAUUCAAGUAGAUUAAAAACAUCCGUAAAGCUAAAGCGAAAAAAACGCAUAAAGCGUUCAACAUUUUAAAGAAAAUCGUCGAUGUUUGCUCAGGAUACUGAGUUCUGGAUCAUUUAAUUUCUGUUAUUCAAAGCUCUCACCUCAGGAAGUUUACACUUCCAUGCGUAUCUCGAAACAGCAGUGAGUAACCCCAUAAGUUGGUGUAAUGUCCUGGUUUAUGGAAACACCUGUGAUGGCUGUAGGUAAUGGUGGUGUCGAUCUCUUACCUGGAGAAAGACUUCUCGACCUUGAGUAUGCGGAUGAUAUUGUUUUACUGUUCAAUGAUACUCAAGCCAUGCAAUCCGCAUUUACUCAGUUGGGAAUAAGUGUCCGUAGAUAUGGUAUGUGCUUUGCACCUUCAAAGUGCAAUGUACUUUUACAAGACUGACAGGACACUGAUUCUUUUCUCACCCUGGGUAAUGAGCAGAUAGAAGUAGCCGAAAAGUUGGUGUAUCUGGGUAGCUGCACAGCUACUAGUGGUGGCCCCCAGAUGCCCUGGUACGGCCGAGAGUGGGGAGAGUCCGUUCUCCCUCUCGAAAUGCUCUCACAUGGCCACGCGUAUAUAACCUCUGCCAGGGAAGUCCUACUCAUUGCCUUCUCGUGGCGGGGUGUUUUUGACGAAAUUGAGAGGAUGAAAAGCGAAUGUCCGGCGCUUUAACCGGGUUGGUGGACAUGGAGAGUCCACUUAGCGGAGUUGGAAAACCCUGGUUCCAAACCAAUGGUGCACAUGACUCAGAAUAGGAGCCAGUAUUAAUCCUACUGUAACUUCAUUUUGCUUUUUUUUUAAAUGGACGUAACUUCUUUAACUAGAAGAAUUCUCUCUGGCUUUACUUUUCCUAAUUGGACUGUUUCUCCCGUUAUUAUUAUUUUACUCUCAUAUACUGAAGAAACAAAUGGCGUAUGAACCAGCUGUUCGUCCACGGCUACCAUGGGACUGCUUCUCCUUACGGUGCUCCACUGCCUUGUGGAUCAGACCUUCAGGUCGAAGGCUCCGGGUGUGGCCCCAUAAGAAAUCCACCUGGUUCCGUUUGGUCACUCAGGCAAUAUCACAGCCCUCACACAUAUCAAAUGAGAUUUGUGUGACGCAUAUGUAUUUGGUGCCUCCUUGUACCAAUAUCUGUGUUAAAAUAAAUAAAUAAAUAAAAUAAAUGAGUGGUGGUGUGAGUAAUGAGACCAAUUCACGUAUAGUGAGAGCCACAGCGGCUUAUGCCAAUCUGGGCCAUCUUUGGCACUUUCAUGAUGUUAGUUUGGCUGUAAAUGGUCGGAUGGACAACGCUUCGGUGAGAACAGUCUUGUUCUGUGCUUGUGAAACCUGACCUUUGCGUGUAUGGUCAUUGUUGUUGCCGAAGGAUUGUUGACAUCCAGUGACAACACCAUAUUAUUAAUGCAGAAGUUAGGCAUCGUGUGUUCGUGUACAGCGACGACAAUUCAAUUAGUGUCACUUUCUUGAAACAUCGAUUUCGGUGGUUCGGACAUGUUCUACAAAUGUCGUCCCACAGGAUUCCACGUGAUGCAUUAUUUGCCGAUGCUGGGACUGGUUGGAAAAAAGCAGAGUUGGUUAGUGUAUGAAAUGUUGUCGUGGUGUGAAAGAAAGCUAUACAGGACUGGCUUCUGUUGGUCCUUCACAACUUCCUGGUUGGGGUCUCAGAUUUAUUGCAACAGAGUGGCUAGAGACAUUAUCAGACAUGACUCAGAAUAGGAGCCAGUAUUAAUCCUACUGUAACUUCAUUUUGCUUUUUUUUUAAAAUGGACGUAACUUCUUUAACUAGAAGAAUUCUCUCUGGCUGUACUUUUCCUAAUUGAACUGUUUCUCCCGUUAUCAUUAUUUUACUCUCAUAUACUGAUUUCUGUUCUUUGUUGUUCUCCUCUUUCUUAUAUGCAUUUUACAUUCUCUAUCUCUUCACAACUUUAUUGUUAUUGUGUGGUGGAUAUGUAUUUGGUGCCCCUUUAUACCAAUAUUUAUGUGUUCAAAUAAAAAUAAAUAUUUGUGGUCAGAGAAACAUAAACUAAAGACAUUUGAUGAAUAAUAGUGAUAUACACACACGUUUUUAAAAAGUCAGGGUUAUAGGAGAAUAAUUGAUGAAGUCAAAAUGUGACUUAAAUUUUGUUACUGUUUGCAAAAGACGGUUAUCAUUUGAACCAAUUUUCUCUUGUCCUUCAAAUAAGUUAUCUCAUCAUACCAUCACACAGAAAAGUCUAAUGCUACACUAUUUCUGAAGCCAAUGUUCAAGCUAUGUAUCAUUAAAAUGUAUUAUACAGCCAAAUUCGUCAUUACUGAAGGAGUAAAACUCAUGCUUCCCCCUUAAACAUCAUCAUCAUCAAACAGAUGUCAUGCUGGUAGGUGCGAAUUACCUGGCUGAGUGGGGUUUGUACAGUUAUUUUGACUGAUAGGGAGAGAUGGAUGGUGACUAGCAGUGGAAUCCAGAACGCACGUUUUGUCUUAUUUGGGACUCGUCAGCUAGAUUCCACUGCUGACCACCAUCCGUCUCUGCUUAUAAAGCUUGUUACUUAGGGCAAUAUCGUGGCAGUCCGCACAUGAUGCACAUAUGCCAACAACAGACUGAUUAAUUGAAGUUCCUAAACAACAAUGGGAAGAUACAAGCAAACAGUACUAAAUGAAUUUAAACUUCACCCCAUUGGACAAGCAGGUGGCUAUCAGGACUCAGUAGUUAGGUGGAUAACGCGAUGGCAUUUGAAGCGAGUGGUACUGGGUUCGAGUUCCAGGAUGAAUGUCAACUCUGGGAUGCAGGCACAUUUGGUUGAUGAGUUCCCAAUAGGACGAAACGCACGUCCUGAAUUCUACUGCUAGCGUCCAUCCAUCUCUGCUUAUAAUGCUUGUGAUUCAAGGCAGUAUCGAGUUAAGCCACACAGGGCGCACAUAUGCCAAUACGAAACUAGUUAAUUGCAGUCCUAAACAUCAAUAGGCAGAUUCAAACAGCCAGUACAAAAUGAAUUAUCGUGAAUAAUGAUUGAGACGUUUUAGUGACAUGGCUCAUAAUCGGUCUUAAUAGCGCAUAUACAUUCUCUGUUUGUCUUCCCUUAGACCAUGAGCUCCAUAGUUACCUUGUAUCUUUUAUCCUCUAAAUUCAUUCUUCUGAAAUCGUAUUAUCUUUGUCUAGUGCAUCUUUAAUGUCACUGAUACUAUUACUACCACUAAUUCUAUCUUGGUAACAACUUAAAUCGAUGCCAGGUUCUACGUUGUUUAUGAUACACAAAUAGUUGAGUCAGUCCAAAUGGGUGUGUACACUAAUUCGUAUUAGGAAGUAAUCGAGUUAUGGCUUCAGUCAGAUAGCCAUUAUCAACGUGUGACGUGUCACAAGUGUGCAUUUAUACAAGUUGCCACAUUUCAUAUCAGGACAUGGCGGCUAAAUAAACAAGAUGAUGAGCAGGUGGUAGAAGAGGAUAUCGAUUGUGACGGAACGCUAAAUAUAGUAAAUACAGUCAAAAAACAAAAGCUAUCAAAAGGUAGAAAGUCGGAAGUAAUACUUAACUCAAGAUUUGGAGCAACAUAAUGAAUAAAUGCAACUGGGCCACUGUUACGUGUUCUACGCCAUGUCACCCAAUGUUUCCAAACAUUAAUCAGAUUAUUUGUGCCGACCUUAACCAAGUAGUGUCUGGAUCUAUUAACAUAGGUCCCCAACAAUCAUUGAUUUCAUGGACUGAUAUUACGUCUUGGUUUGGCCGCCAUAACUUCCAAUCUUCCACUACGUCAGCCAACAUCUUUUAACGAACUAGGUAAUAUUUGGUGUACGUAACAUGUUCCAUCCAUAGCCUCAGCAAAAGAUUUGCUACAUUCGUUCAGUACUGUGAAUUUGACCCCAGUGUUGUUCACUCAGUUUUUUCUGAGAUACGGAAGUAAUACUUAGAAGACACUUAUAGUUAAAAGCCUGUAGUAUACUAAUUUGUUCUAUUCCCAUAAACCAUACUUAGCAGCCAUAUAUUAUUCUAGAGAGGAUUGUUGUGCACUAUGCUCUCUCCUCAUUUUCCAUCCGAUCAUCCUGCUUACGUCAAAUGUGACGUAGGUUGUUAAAAACUGCGGGGAACUUUGAAUACGUGCUCAGAUUAUAUCAGAUGUUAACCUGUUAGGGUUGCUUAGACUUUCAAGAUUAGUAGUCAUCGCUCUACUGCUUCACCUCUCACGGUUAUUCUACGCUCUGACUCAGAUUAGUUCUAAGCAGGAGUUCGAAUUUACCAGGAGAGGAACUAAUCCUAAACAACUUGCAUUGUAUGGGCUAUCAAAAGACUCGAUUUUGUCUGGGUCUUUUCCUAUCAGAGUGAUAUCGUCUGCGUAUUGCAAGUCGCUAAUUAAAUCUUUCGUUAAUUAGAAUAGUUUUUUAUAAGUUAGAGAUAUAAAGUAUUAUUAUUAAUAUAAUAUCUUUGCAGAAGUUUCAUAAGUAUGAAUAUAACUGGGAGUCUUGAAGAACAUAUAAUUUUACGGAUUUGGAUUUGUUCAACUAAAUAGCUUUCACAAAUUUUAUGUACUUUUUUAGCCAACCUUUUAGUCAGAAAGCUUGCUACACAAUUUAUCAGUCGAUGAAAUCAGAUGCUGCCUUCAGGUGAGGAAAUGCCACUAUUGUUAGAUGUCAGAAAUUAGACCUUUGUUCUACAACUUCAUAGAAGUUGAAUACUUGAUCAAAACACUUAAAUCCAUAUCCGAAACCUCCGUGAUUUUCUCGAAUUUGUUGUUCACAAAGAUUAAUUCAAAGCAAACUCCAUAAUUUUUUUACGCAAGAUGUUAGAGGCUAGUUCUUAAAUUUAUAAGACCCCUAACCCUCAAGAAACUCGUACACCUAUGUGUGGGAAAAUAAUUUGUUUUUAUCAAUAAGUCUACCUAAGUCUUUAACCCAUUGUUUAUUAACUGGAUGAAUGUACCAUACUUUCCACUUUUCAAACCUAUUUGAUGUCUUGCCUUUUUCACAUAUAAUACCUUUACAACAGAAGAUUUAAACCAAAUUGUUUAAAAGGUGUACUAAACGAAUAUACCAAGUUUUUCAUGAUAUAUGUAUAUAUAUUCAAAACAAAACUUUAUUUUCAUUGAUUUAUUUAGGCGAACCAUGUGUAUGUGGCACAUGGGUAGUUCCAGCAUUUCAUUUCAAUCGUAAUCACAUUGAUCGUGUACCAAUACGUUCGAGAAAUGUGAUUACUAUUCCAUCGAAGCCUGUAGAAGACAACAAUUCCUUCGUUACGAAUGCCGAUAUGAAUCAAUCAUAAUCUUAUCCACUGUAUGUUUCCUCUAUCCUAUAUUGUUCUGUCUUCUUUGUAAUAUAUGAGCGCGCAUUUACAUCAAACUGAUAGUUUUCUCAAGUUUCCUCCUCUUUCCUUAAAUACAAUUUAAAUCAAUUUAAUAUCUUCAAGAGAUUUAUUUCUUAUGAUUUAUUUGAUUAUUAUGUAUAUUUCCCACUUUGUUUUAGAAUAGUUGGAUCCAUUCGUUUUAUCAAUAAAACUACAUUCUGUUUCAUGGAAUUCUUGUGUUUUUUUUUGUCAAACAGUUGAGAUAAUAAGCAAUAGUACCUGUUCUGUGGGUGGUGACAUUGAUAUUGAUAUAUUGCAAGUGUUUAACAAAAAUCUAAUUGAUAUGUACAAAAAUAUUAGUAAUCUAACAUCGCUACAUGCAAUCAUCCUGAAGAUACAGAUGUUUAUUAACAGUUGUCUACGCAAAAUACUUCGGAUCCGUUGGCCGGACACUAUUAGCAACAACCAACUGUGGGUGAAAAGAAACCAGAUCCCAGCGGAGGAAGAAGCGCGGGAAGUGGAUAGAACACACAUUGAGGAAGUCAUCCAACUGCGUCACAAGGCAAGCCCUCACAUGGAAUCCUCAAGGCCAAAGGAAAAGAGGAAGAGCAAAGAACACAUUACGCCAGGAAAUGGAGAUAGACAUGAGAAAAAUGAACAUGAAUUGAAUGGAAUUAGAAAAGAAGGCCCAGGACAGAGUGGGUUGGAGAAUACUGGUUUGCGGCCUAUGCUCCAUUAGGAGUAACAGGCGUAAGUAAGUAACAUCGCUACAUCCAUUUUCUGUCGUUUAUUGUCAAUCUAAACUCUUUGAUCAAUCAUGUUCGAAUCUAUCAGUCAGUCAGUCAGUCAAAAACAACUAAGGAGCUGAGGUAAUACAAAGCAAAUUAUUGCUACAGUGUAAUCACGGUUUGACAGGCGGAAGAUGAACUCACUUAUACCAGUGAGAUUUCUACGACAGGUGAAGAGCCAACACGCAUACACAUUUUACUCCGUAUGGUUUGCCUAAGAUUUUGGGCAGAUCAAUACUAAAAUAAGAUUUAUAAAUCCAUUUCGAACGUAUUUAUUAUUCAAGAUGUACAAAACGAGUUUUGUCAUUUACAUCAAAUAAGACUCAUCUAUUUAUAGGGGGUUGUGGAGAUAGUCGUGGUCGUAGAUAUGCACAACUGUGUACCUCCAUACUUAGAUAAAACGGUUGUCCGGUGCUUCCAGCUUUCUAAUAGUAAUCUAACUUAGAUCGGUUCAUGGUUUCAAACACAUGCUUAUUGUAAGUUGAUCAUUAAAUUUCAUGAUACGAAGUAAAUCCUUAAAAUUUUAGACAAAGAACGUGUUACCCCUUGAAGUAUUUCUCUGAGAAAAUUAAAUAAAAAGGGAGGGAGUGCAUGGUUUUGACUCAGGCUAAGUCAAAUGAUAUUUUCUAGUUGAUGUUAAUUUAUGAUGGAAGCUGUCAUCAAAUUAACCGAACUGUUGCAAAUAAAUAGGAAGUUGAGAUAUACAUUUGUGGCAGCGUUACACUUCCAUAAGCUUAUUGACAGGACUUAUUUAAAACUCAACUUUCGUUUUGAAAUUAAGUGUCAUUCAUAGUCCCAUUAGUUUAUUUGGGCGACUGGCUGUUGGAUCUGGCCG